UAUUGCAGAGAACAUGGCCAAAGUUUACCCGAACGAUGUGGACACCAAUCCAAAUCAAAACCACCAGGAUGUGAAUGAGGAGACUGGACGUCACAAGUUUACAAGGAAUGACACAACGGUCUCGGUGGACUCAUCCAUCAUCAGGGAGCAGAACAAGGAGGCAGGGCACACCAGCAGCCAGGGGUUCAUCACCAUGCUAGAUAGCCAGGGGAAUAUCAAGGAGGUUGCUGAAGAUCUAGAUGUUGAUGCUUUUGUCACAACUUCAGCUUUCUUUGGUAGACCCCUGGGAUCAUUUGUAGAAGACAAUAAGAACCGGUAA